GCAGUAAUGACAUGAUUGUAGAAAAAUGGUGGGAGAAGAGAUCAUUCUUUUACGGACUCAAAUAUAGCCAUUAUACACCUAAUGUCAUUACCAUUAAUACAAUUAAAUCAUGGUUAGUUGCAAUUAUUCACAAUCUCAGCUUUUUUUUAUGGACUUGGUUAGGAUUUCAUUAAACGGUUUCUCAACAUCUGUAGCUGUUAGGAUUAAUGAUAAUGAUAAAAGAAUCCAAAUAAUCGAUAAUAGUAAGGGUAUUGCUUAUCAAGAUUUAGAAAAUUUUGGAACAAAUAACAAAAAAAUUCAUAAUAUCGACACCAAUAUUAACGAAAUUAUUUUUAAAAUGCAUCAAAUACCUUUAGUAAUUUUUAUGACAAAGUCUGAAAAUUCACAAUACUCUUAUACAAAAAUUUUUAAAUUUGGUCGCGCGUUGAAAGUCAGAAAAAUUUUAGAUCGUCCUAUAAACGGUAUAACUACAACGAUUUAUUUUGGCAAUAAUGUAUACGAAAAGGGAUUUUUAAAUCGAAAAAAUUUUAAAGAAAUACUUGAAAAUUUUGCUUUAGAUUAUCCUCAGGUCUCAUUCACUAUGCGUGAUGAUGUUAGACAAAAAAUAAUUAUGGGUAUAAAAAAAAAAUCCUCAGAUCAAUUGCAGAAAUAUAAAAUUAUCAAAAAAUCCAAAUAUUCCACUACCAAUUUAUUUAAUUUGAAAUUUGAUAACACUUAUCCUAAAAAUAAUAUAAAUGCAAUAAUUGAUGUGUUGUUUCACAACAAAAUAACUGAGUGUACAGAGAUUGAUAUGGAUAAGCAAACAAUACCGUCGUCUGAAGACCAUCAAUUAAAAUUUGACAACAAAAUUAAUUAUGAUAAAAAAAAGUCUAUUCCGAUGGAAGUGUCACGUGAUUUAGAUAAUAUUAGUGGCGAAUGGUCUGACUGGAUUUUAGAUUCUCCCAAUAAUUAUUCAUAUUCAAUAAAUAAUGAUGAAAAAUAUCUUAAAAAUUAUUGUAAUUCAGAAAAACAAUGUUAUAGUUUUUUGCCAAAAAAAUUAAAUAAAGUAUUACGGACUGGUGGUCAACGUUUAUUCAAUCAUCAGUUGAGCAAUGAAUCCGACAAUGAACAUAACUUCAGUUUUCAUUCAUGUCGUCGAGAAAAUUUAGAUGAUGUAAGGAUUUGUAAAAAUAAAAGGAUAUUUUCCGAAAUAUCUAUAGACAAAAAUUCAUUACAACAAAUUAAGGUGUUGCGGCAAAUUAAUUUUGAGUACAUUGCUGGUAUAGUUGAGCAAAAUAAUGAAAGAUUACUAAUUUUAAUUGAUCAACAUGCCAUGGAUGAACGUAUUCGUUAUGAGAAUCUAUUGGAAGACUAUAAAUUUCAAAAUGAAUUUAUAUCAGUGCUUUUAAAACAUCCAAUAAAAAUAAUUACUCUGCCAAAAAACUAUUGCAAUUUAUUAUUAAAUAAAUAUGAUGAUAUAAAAAAUUUUGGAUUGAAUAUCGUAAACUCAAAUUUUUAUCAUGAAAACAGUGACAAUGGUGGCCAUAAUAAUGCUACAUUAAUAGUAACGGCUGUUCCGAAAUGUUUUUUAUUUAAAAAAAUGUAUAGUGAAAUUAGUUUAAGAGAGUUAACGGAAAAACUUUUGAUAGAAAUAGCAGAAAAGUUGAUAAAUAAAAUUGGAAUCAAUACAUUACCAUUGACGAUACAUAACGUUAUUGCAUCAGAAGCUUGUCAUGGUGCGAUAAAAUUUGGAGACCCAUUAAACGUAAACCAAUGUAACGAUUUAUUAAAAUAUUGGAUAAAAACAGAUCUACCUAAUCGCUGUGCACAUGGCAGACCAGCGAUUAUUCCAUUAUUAACAUUUAAACAUAAAUAUUUUAAUAACAAUACUUAA